AUGGACGGUGCCAUCCUACCUAGGCGGUCCUCGAGGCAGUCACUCCCUCUUACAUCAGAGCCUAUCGCCAAGAGAGGCCGAGGCAGGCCUUCUAAAGAGGUCAUUGCCUCAGAGACAGCUUCGGCGUCCACCACACCAUCUGAAUCAGUCUCUGAAGCCGAAUACUCGACUCCAGCGACCAGCAUCGCCGUGACACCAGCAGCAUCGACGUCCGGCCUUCCUACGGCGGGCACAAAGAGGACUCGCGGGCAGCUUGUGGUACAGCUUCCACCUGUGGACCCAAAUGCUUUCACCCUGCCAAAGAGGGCCCUCAAGCCAAACAACAAGACACUUCUCGCGGAAUCGGAAGAUGACGAAUUCGACUAUGGGUCGUCCUCCGAUGCGAUUCUCGCGCGUCGGUUGCAGCGUGAGGAAUACGCCAAGGCAGAUACCGGUGUCUCCAGCUCAGAACAGAUAUCAGCUACAGACCUUGUGCGCCCACAACCGACAAGACGCAGAAGUACUAGAACUACUCGCCUGGCCAUUGCGGAUAGCGAAGAUGACUUGUCCAUCAAUGUGAUUGACAAGAAGGGCAAGGGCAAGGCCGUCAGUAAAGCCGUGGCCAAGCCCAGCCGAGCGAGCCAGACUCGAGGAAAAGUCGAAAACUCAAUUGCGGCAAGCGAACUAGACGACGAGGACGUACCACUGUCGGUGUCCGCCCCCGCACGCAAGAAGCAAAAGAUCCAGCAACCUGAUAGCGACGAUGAGCUGACAUCCCUUCCUGACGACUUUGAAGACCCGUUCCUCACUAGUGAUGGCGAUCAGUCAUACAUGUCACUCUCGGAGGCAGAAGUCACAGCUGACGACGGCUCUGACCCGGAGGCCCCAGCAGGCGGCAUGGCUCGGAUUGCCGCUAACCGCCGCGCCUUCCGACGACCACAGGCUCGGCUGCAGAACCGGGCGCAGAGAGACCGCGCUCGUCUCGAAAAACACCACCCCCAACUCAAAACAAUGUGGACCGACUUGGAGAAUAUGCCGAUCCUCACAGCUGGAAAAGCUGAGCAGCCGAAGACGAUAUCACGCCAGAUGAAACCCUUUCAGCUUGAGGGACUAGCCUGGAUGAGGGCCAUGGAGACCACCAAGUGGAGAGGCGGCCUCCUCGGAGACGAAAUGGGCCUAGGCAAGACUAUUCAGGCGGUGUCCCUGAUUAUGUCCGACUAUCCUGCAAAGACGCCGACGCUUGUGCUUGUACCUCCAGUUGCUCUCAUGCAAUGGACCGCAGAGAUCGAAUCGUACACUGGCGGACUGCUCAAGACACUGGUAUUUCACGGCACAAACUCGAAGGCCAAAGGCCUUUCCGUGAAGGAACUAAAGCAGUACGACGUACUCAUGAUGUCGUAUAACACCUUGGAAUCUCUGUACCGAAAACAGGAGAAGGGUUUCAAGCGUAAGGACGGCAUGGUCAAGGAACGUAGCGCGGUGCAUCAGAUCAUGUUUCAUCGUGUCAUCCUUGACGAGGCACACUGCAUCAAGACUCGCACCACAAUGACGGCAAAAGCAUGCUUUGCGCUCAAGGUUGAGUACCGCUGGUGUUUGACCGGAACACCGCUUCAGAACCGCAUUGGCGAGUUCUUCUCUUUGAUCAGGUUCCUGAACAUGCGUCCAUUCGCAGAAUACUUCUGCAAGCAAUGCCCCUGCGCUCAGCUCGAGUGGUCCAUGGGCGACGACGGCAAAUGCACUCACUGUCAGCAUCACUCGAUGGGCCAUGUUUCCGUGUUCAACCAAGAGCUCUUGAACCCUAUCCAAAAAUAUGGCAACCGAGGCGAAGGCAACGUCGCAUUCCAGAAGCUUCGUCUUAUGACCAACAGAAUCAUGCUUCGCCGCCUCAAGAAGGAUCACACAGAUUCCAUGGAGCUGCCCGUCAAAGAAAUAUAUGUUGAUCGUCAGUUCUUCGGGGAGGUAGAGAAUGACUUUGCCAACAGUAUCAUGUCCAGUGGUCAGCGCAAGUUCGACACCUAUGUGGCGCAAGGUGUCAUGCUCAACAACUAUGCCAACAUCUUUGGCCUCAUCAUGCAGAUGCGUCAAGUCGCAGACCAUCCCGAUCUGAUCCUGAAGAAGUCUAGUGAAGGAGGACAGAAUGUCUUGGUUUGCUGCAUUUGCGACGAGCCCGCCGAGGAGGCCAUUCGCUCCAGAUGCCGUCACGAGUUCUGCCGUGUCUGCGCCAAAAGCUACAUCAACUCUCAAGACCAGCCAGAUUGCCCGCGCUGUCAUAUUCCGCUCUCUAUCGACCUGGAGCAGCCCGAGAUUGAGCAAGACGAGGUUAUGGUUAAGAAGUCCUCAAUUAUCAAUCGCAUCAGGAUGGAGAACUGGACAUCAUCGUCCAAGAUCGAGCUUCUCGUCCACGCACUCCACAAACUCCGGUCCGACAAUGCCUCACACAAGUCGAUCAUAUUCUCGCAAUUCACUUCCAUGCUGCAGCUCAUCGAAUGGCGCCUGCGCCGUGCAGGCAUCACAACAGUCAUGCUGGAUGGCAGCAUGAGUCCGGCACAACGACAAGCAUCUAUCAAUCAUUUCAUGACAGACGUCAAUGUUGAGUGCUUCUUGGUUUCACUGAAGGCUGGCGGUGUUGCACUCAACUUGACAGAGGCGUCUCGAGUAUUCAUUGUUGACCCAUGGUGGAAUCCUGCCGCCGAGUGGCAGUCUGCAGACCGAUGCCACCGCAUUGGUCAGACACGCCCUUGUACCAUCACUCGCCUCUGUAUCGAGGAUUCUGUCGAGAGCAGAAUUGUGGCUCUGCAGGAGAAGAAGGCAAACAUGAUUAACUCGACAAUCAAUUCCGAUGACGCCGCUAUGGAGUCAUUGACCCCAGAGGAUCUCCAGUUCCUCUUCCGCGGCAGCUAG